GGUACCUUGGACGGAAGUGCUCUCUGCGGAAGUGAGCACCGCUCUGAGCGUGCGUGGGAUGGCUGUGGGCCGUCUCUUUUUAAGUGGGCUUCGCACAUUCUUCGGUACCAUGGCCCAGAACCUUCUCGAGGGUGCGCCCUCCUCCAGGGGCCUGCACGCGGGGCACGGACCCCGAAGGCUCUCCAUCGAAGGCAACAUUGCUGUGGGAAAGUCCACCUUUGUGAAGUUACUCACGAAAACAUACCCAGAGUGGCACGUAGCUACAGAACCUGUAGCAACAUGGCAGGAUAUCCAGGCUGCUGGCACCCAAAAAGACGGUACUACUCAAAGUCUGGGAAACUUGCUAGACAUGAUGUACCAGGAGCCAGCACGAUGGUCCUAUACAUUUCAAACAUUUUCAUUUCUGAGCCGCCUGAAAGUACAGCUGGAGCCCUUCCCUGAGAAACACGUACAGGCCAAGAAGCCCAUGCAGAUCUUUGAGAGGUCUGUGUACAGUGACAGGUAUAUCUUUGCCAAGAAUCUUUUUGAAAAUGGUUCCCUCAGUGACAUCGAAUGGCACAUCUAUCAGGACUGGCAUACUUUUCUCCUGCAGGAGUUUGCCAGUCGACUGUCAUUACAUGGCUUCAUCUACCUCCAGGCUACUCCCCAGGUUUGUUUGAAGAGACUACACCGGAGGGCCAGGGAGGAAGAGAAGGGAAUUGAGCUGGCUUAUCUCGAGCAGCUUCAUGGUCAGCACGAAGCCUGGCUUAUUCACAAGACAACCAAGCUCCACUUUGAAGCUCUGUCAAACAUUCCGGUUCUGGUAUUGGAUGUCAAUGAUGAUUUCUCUGAAGAAGUAACCAGACAAGAAGAACUCAUGAAGAAGGUAAACACCUUUGUAAAGAAUCUGUAACCCAUACUAAGAUGUUUUGGCUGUGAUCUGGGCUCUCUGACUUUCUGAAGCUAGAAAAUAUUAAACCUCCCACCCACCUUUUCAUCCCCUUUCCCUUUUGCCCCUCAAGCACUCUUGACAACAGGGGUGUGGUUUGUGCUGUCUUUAGAUUUUGCCAUUAUCUUUCUUUAUAUGUAUGUAUGUAUCAAGGACUUUGAAAAUAAAGUUGAUUGACAUUUCUUUA